CCCCCACCACGUCUGCCAGGAAGCUGGUACACUGAACACCAGGACUUGGUCUGUUUCUGGGGCAGUGUGGGAUGUCUGAGGAGGUGGAGUCUUCCUGUCAAUAUAAGGCCCCGAUCACUUCCUCUCUUCCUGCUGAGCUUGCACCACACUGUAUCCGCCCAACAUGCCACCUUACACCAUCGUCUAUUUCCCUUCCCGAGGAUGCUCUGAGAGUAGAUCUCUUCGCUGUGUCCUCAUCCUGCACCCCCAUACAGGGCGCUGUGAGGUUAUGCGCAUGCUUCUAGCUGACCAGGGCCAGAGCUGGAAGGAGGAGGUGGUGACCUUGGAUGUUUGGGAGCAAGGCACAUUCAAGGCUUCCUGUUUGUUUGGACAGAUCCCCAAGUUCCAGGAUGGAGAGCUCACCCUGUACCAAUCCAAUACUAUCCUACGGCACCUGGGCCGCUCCUUCGGGCUCUAUGGCAAAGACCAACAAGAGGCAGCACUGGUGGACAUGGUGAACGAUGGACUGGAAGACCUAUUCAGACGCAUUGCCCGGCAGUAUCGCCAUAUCCUGAAGGAGGGCAAGGACCAGUAUCAGAAGGAGCUUCCGGGACACCUGAAGCCAUUUGAAACUCUCCUGGCCCAGAACAGGGGUGGCCAGUCCUUCAUUGUUGGUGACCAGAUCUCUUUCGCGGACUACCGCCUGCUGGACGUGCUUCUGAAUCUCGAGCUCCUGUUUCCUGGUUACUUGAAUGACUUUCCCCUGUUCUCCGCCUAUGUGGCGCGCCUCAAAUCCCGACCCAAGCUCAAGGCCUUCCUGGAGUCUCCUGAGCAUGUGAACCGGCCCCUGGCUGCUUGCAUAAAGAUGUGAGUCCACCUGCCUCCCCCAGCCCCCACCCCAGACCAAUAAAACUGAUGGCAGGAGCCAGUG